UGCGCUUAUCCAAUUUUCUGUGACAAGCGCCAUGGCUGACCUUGUGCGAGAACAAGACCCAGGAGAGCGGGGUACGGUGCAGAAAAAUGUGUUGGGCCGACAGCAGGAGCCAGAGAAAGCACGCCUGAACAGCGCAGAGCGACGCCACGGAUUGACCUGGACAGAGCUUCACGCUUACAAGGACAGGAUGACCUUUCCCGUGCUCCCAACCAUGAUGGCGGUGGACGAGCUUCCCAAGGACAUUUGCCUCUGCGACAACGUCUUCCGCAGCCUUGACCGCUGCAUUGACAAGGGCAUUGAAUCGGAGAACCCGGCGACUCCCUACUCCCGCAUGCAAAUUUGCAAGCCCCAUUGGAUCCGCUUUAUCAAGUGCGUGAAGCGCAGAGAUGAGCUGGUGAUGCGUGGCGUGAAGCGGUGGGAAAGGAGUUACUACUCGUCUUUGGACCAGCCGUCCCAGAAGGAGUACCUUGAAGAUAUCGAUACCAAGAUGCGGUACUUCAUGUAUGCCGCAUCCCACUCGAAAGACGGCGAAAAGAAGAAGAGGUUGGAGAUGAAUGCCCAGCACUGCGCCAUCCGUCACUCCAACCUCCUGAAGCCGGAGACGGAGGCGCCUUCUGCGCUGGUGUGAGGGCACUCGUGCCUUGCGGGUGGUUGGCUGUCCCACAAAGCCAGCAACGCUGAGUUGGGAGCCGCGCUCGGUAUGUCAGGAUUUGCUUCUCGAACCAGCUCGAUGUUUGCGCAUGUAGCUGUCGAGCUGUAUGAAGCAAAAAGCGCAGCUUCUGCCUGAGACGAACCCCUUGGCAUUUGCGGAGUGCGCGCUGCGUAGAUGAGAGCACACUCUGAUGAGCAGGAG